UAUAAUAAAUAAAACGUCUCUCUCUUCUGGACAGAGAAAAAUUGUGAGGAACCAACCAGUUAUUUUUAUUUUUUUACUCCAGAUGUUUUAUUAGGCAUUUGGUUGUCGCGUUAAAUGUAUUAGUUAAAAUAACGUUUUUGUCAACUUAAAAACAAUCCAGCUUUGUUUGAGAUAGUUUCCAAUUUGCACAACGCGACUAUCUGCUUCACAUUUUUGGGUUCAUUCACAAUCCCUAAUGGGUCUGGAGAGAAAUGGAUGAAGAUGCAUCGCUUGAGACCUACUUUGACCAGUCAAUUGCUGGUUCUUCUGAGUACAUGUUUGGAGAGGAUUUGGAAGGCCCACCACAUCUUCAGGAUCCCUCUUUCCUCUCCUCUUCCAUCUCCAACCAACAGAAAGAUGAGGAUGAUGAUCUGGACCUGAGCUUUCUACCUGAUGAGCUAAACGUACAGGAUGAAGGGGAGAGAACACAGGUGGGUCUUACAGAGGACAUUGGUGUUUAUCUGGACUGUUCAACUGCAAGACCUCCUGAAGCAGACACUGAGGUUAAUACGAGGCAGCCUGCAACCUCCCCCUUCUGCAACCUCCCCAUGACACCCAUGACCCCAGUGGCUCCUGUGGCAGAAAGUUCAGGAAUCAUCCCACAAUUACAGAAUAUAGUGUCCACAAUAAACCUGGCAUGUCCUCUAGACCUGAAAGCCAUUGCCCUUCAAGGUCGAAAUGCUGAGUACAAUCCAAAGAGCUUUGCUGCUGUAAUUAUGCGGAUCCGUGAACCCAAGACCACUGCCCUUAUCUUCAGCUCAGGAAAACUGGUCUGCACUGGCGCAAAGAGUGAGGAGCAGUCUCACCUUGCUGCAAGGAAGUAUGUCCGGGUGGUACAGAAGCUUGGCUUCCCAGCGAAAUUUCUUGACUUCAAGAUCGUGAACAUGGUCGGCAGUUGUGAUGUGUGUUUUCCCAUACGGUUGGAGAGCCUGGAACUGGCUCACAAACAGUUUAGCAGCUAUGAACCUGAAUUGUUUCCUGGUUUGAUCUACCGAAUGGUUAAGCCACGGAUUGUCCUCCUGAUAUUUGUGUCUGGAAAGGUUGUUCUUACAGGUGCAAAAGAUCGCUCUGAAAUAUAUGAAGCUUUUGAGAAUAUCUACCCAAUUCUGAAAGGAUUCAGGAAACAGUGAAAAACGAGCACUUCUACUUUUUAUUGACUUCUGAUAUGUCAAUAUAUAAGGGUUCUUCUGAAUACAUGUUUGGAGAGGAUUUGGAAGGCCCACCACAGCUUCAGGAUCCCUCUUACCUCUCCUCUUCCAUCUCCAACCAACAGAAAGAUGAGGAUGAUGA